AUGACCAAAAAUCCGAAUUCUCCAAUGAAUCCCGAGACUGCCAAAAUUAAGAUCACGUGGCGAAGUUCGAAAACCAUUCCGAAACUCAACAGUGACACAAAACUAUUUACAUCAAAAUUGGCGCCGGAAAAAUUGAACCUUCGAAAUCCUGGUGAAAUUGGUAGAAUAGAAUAG